UAUUUUCUGUCACACAUGAGGUACAUUUGUAUGUCUUGAGUCUGUGCUGAUGUUUCUAAAGCUCUGACCACAGAUUUCAGGAAGUCUUGAGACUUUAACACAGUCUGUGUCUUUAACUGUCUGUCAUCAUUCAGUCAGUAUGGAGCUCUGUCAACUUCCUCUUGUGCUCUUGCUGAUUUCAAACAUUUACUCUGGACAAACUGAAGAAGGACCAAAAGCCAAAGUGAGAAUUAAACCUGAUCAACAUGUAUUCAGAGGAGAGACGGUCACUCUCAGAUGUGACAUUGAUGGUGAAAGAGUCUCUAGCUGGAAGUACAGCUGGUAUAAAGACGGUUCAGUCAGUGUUUUCAGUGAACUACAGGAACACACAUUCAAUUCUGUUACUGAGUCUGACGCAGGUAAAUUCUCCUGUUAUGGAGCAAAGAGAGGAGGAUCACGAACAUCACACAUCAGUGAUGAAGUUACAUUGACAGUAUCAAAUAAACCCAGACUAGUUUUAAGUGUUUCUCCACAGAAGUGGUUGACUGAAGGAGAUCCAGUGACUCUGAUCUGUGAGGUUGAACGCUCCUCUACAGUCUGGACAUUCAGCUGGUUCACUUUAACUGCUUCAUCAGACUAUGGAAAUCAUUAUAAGCUGCUCUCAGACAGCAGCAGAGGAGCUGGAGGAAACUACACGGUCAGUUCUGCUGCUCUGAAUCACACAGGAGUUUAUGUGUGCAGCGCAGAGAGAGGAAAACCUGCCUAUAACACAUGGUACAGCAACAAACAACCACUAUGGGUCACUGGUGUUUCUCCUCCAGUCUCUCUGAUCAUCAGUCCCAGCAGAACUCAACACUUCACAUCUGUCUCUCUCUCUCUGAGCUGUGAGGAACAAAGUAACUCUGAAAGAUGGAGAGUGAGAAGAUACACAUACAAUGGGUGGCUGGAAGAUUGUUCAUCUCUGUGGGGAUCACAGACAGGAUCUACAUGUAAAAUCAACUCCAGCAGAACAUCAGACACUGGAGUGUACUGGUGUCAGUCUGAAUCUGGAGAGAACAGUCAUCCUGUUAAUAUCACUGUACACCUUGAUAUGAUUCUGGAGAGUCCUGUUCAUCCUGUGAUUGAAGGAGAUUCUCUGACUCUACGUUGUUUAUUUCAAAAUUCAACCCUACCAAUCCUCAGAGUUGAUUUCUAUAAAGAUGGAUCACUCAUCCAGAGUCAAACUACAGAGAUGAUCAUCUCUACUGUCUCAAAGUCACAUGAGGGUUUCUACUACUGCAAACACCCAGAGAGAGGAGAGUCACCCAAGAGCUGGAUCUCAGUCAGAGUUUCUCAUUCAGAAUCUCAGAUCUCUGUCCUCCACACACUCAGUUCUGUACUGACAAUUUGUCCAUAUCUGCUAGUGACAGUCAUGCUGAUCUUCAAGUGCUGCAGGAUGAGAGGUAUAACAGCUGAAUGAUUUAUCACAUGUCAUUAUAAUCAUAUUUUACUGAGCAAAUAUUAUUAUUGUCAUUAAUGCUGUUUGGCUGAAUGUGCAUGUGGUCAAAUUAACAUUUGUGUUUGUGUGCAUGCACCACUGUCCUCCUUUCAUUUGCAGCUAAUGGUUGUUAGAUUCAACAUGAACCAGAAUUUUAAACCCUUGGACUUCUGAGUAAAACAGGAUAUUUAACAAGAAAACAUGUAGAGCUAAACUUUAUUUUACCCAACAGGAAUUGUUUGGCAUUACAUUAAUUUUCGUCUUUGUAAUUGCAAAAAAAAAAAUUGGCUGAUUUAUGUUGAUGACACAAUGA